AAGUUUGUUUGCCUAACCAAAAAAACAACAUAUCAAACAAACAUUCAAACCAAAAAAAACACCCCCAAAAAUAUCUUCUCCGAUCUUGAUUAAUCUUCAAUCUUCCUUGGUUCUCUUUUGAACGUUCCUUACCAACCACAAUCCAUAUCGAUUUCCUCCGGUAUCGUUAAGCCGAUGCCGGAGGCCGCCAAUAUCGUUCCUAGCAUGUCACAAAACAAUUCAUUAUUUGGUAAAUAUGAAGUCGGGAGACUUCUUGGUUGCGGCGCUUUUGCCAAGGUGUAUCAUGCCAGAGACAUUAACACUGGCCAAAGCGUCGCAAUAAAAGUUAUUAAUAAACACAAGAUAUCUCAUAACGCACAUUUAGUGUCUAACGUAAAGCGCGAGAUAGAUAUCAUGCGAAGGUUACAACAUCCAUAUAUUGUUAAAUUGUACGAGGUGUUGGCUACAAAAACAAAGAUUUAUUUCGUCAUGGAAUUCGUAAAAGGUGGUGAGUUAUUUGCUAAAGUCGCAAAAGGACGUUUAUCCGAGACACAUAGUCGUAAGUAUUUUCAACAGUUGAUUUCCGCUAUAGGGUAUUGUCAUUCACGCGGUGUUUACCACCGCGAUUUAAAACCUGAAAACCUUUUGAUCGACGAAAAUGGCGAUCUGAAGGUUUCAGAUUUUGGUUUGAGUGCCGUGACAGGACAAAUCCGUGCUGACGGAUUGUUACAUACUUUAUGUGGGACCCCGUCUUAUGUCGCGCCAGAAAUCCUCACUAAAAGAGGAUAUGAUGGCGCGAAGGCGGAUAUAUGGUCAUGCGGCAUCAUCCUGUUUGUGAUGAAUGCCGCUUUCCUGCCUUUUAAUGAUUCAAAUCUUAUGAUGAUGUAUAAAAAAAUAUACAAAGGCGAAUAUAAAUGUCCGAAAUGGAUGUCGGGCGAUUUAAAACAUUUAUUAUCUCGACUUUUGGAUACAAAUCCGGAGACAAGGAUUUGUGUUAACGAUAUCAUAAACGAUCCGUGGUUUAAGAAAGGAUACAAGGAACCGAAGGUGGAAUUAGACGAUUUAGAAGCAGUUGUUAAGCCAGAACAAGAACAAGAUAAUAAACCAAACGCGUUGAACGCGUUUGAUAUUAUCUCGUUUUCUUCUGGCUUAAACUUGUCACCUCUAUUUGACACUAGUUCCUCGAGACAAGGGGAACGACUAGUUGUAUCCGAGUCACCGGAAAAUAUUAUCGAGAAAGUGGAUAGGAUCGUGAAAGAGGCGAAUGCUAGGAUGAAAAAACGAAAAGAAUUCGGUGUGGAUUUGGUAGGCAAAAACGGUAAAAAUGUUAUCGGAAUUGAAGUGUUUCGGUUAACAGAAAGACUAGUGGUGGUGGAGGUUCAAAGUAGCCCUGGAGCUCAAGAUUUCUACGAUGAGUUGUGGAAUAAUAAAAUUAGAUCGGAGUUGCUUACACGACCGGAUGUACAAGUAUCCGAAAGUUAGAUAUUCGCCGGCAGGGCACGGGUCGGGUUUAUGUACUUAAUCAUCUUAUAUACAUAUAUUUGUAUGGUUUUUUUUUUGUAGAGAAAUGUUUACCCAGAUGAUGGGUAGGAAGAAAAAAAACAGAGUUGGUAUAGCAGUGUAUUGAUUUUGUACAUAACAUGUAACUUGCCCUAUGAUUCAAUUGGGGUGAUUGUAAGUUUUGGUUUUGUGUUGUAAAAUAAAGAAAAGGCUGAUUUUUAAGAGAUAUUAUUUGGGUGAUUGUAAGUUUUAGUGUUGUGUUAGUAAGCUAAACAGAAAACUUAUUUUUAA